ACUGUCUUAUUAAUCGUAAGAUAGAUAUAGGUCAAUUGAAUGUAUAAUUGAAUAGCUGAUAUGACAUCGCAACAUUUUGACGACGGAUGGGAUAACUGGGGAGAAGAUUGGGGAUCAAAUCCGAAUGAAAGUAAUAUUAACAACAACAACAACUCACUUCAAAAUUCCCAACAACUUUCGCAACCCAAUCAACAAUAUAUGCAACAACAGCCACCUCAAUUAACAUCGAAUGCUCCAUUAUACUCUCAAUAUCUAUAUCAGCCACAACCAACUAAUGUAAGUCAUGCACAGACCAUGCAAACUUCUCAACAACAAAAUCCAUUUGCAAAAGCUCCGAAUCCAUCGCGUGCACAGCAACAGCAACAAUAUCCUGGAAAUCCUGUAAAUUUCUUUAAUCCAGCUCAAUUUAGUGAUUCAAAUGCGAAUAAUAAUAAUAAUUUGAGUCAAUAUCCCACGAGUCAACCGUCGACAUUUAGUUUUGUGCAGUCACCGAUUCCAUCGUCAACUGUAACAACAUCAUUAAACUCAUCUAAUCCUCAAACUGUCCAAUUUGAGUCGGUCAAUAAGUUUCAAUAUCAAGAAAGGCAUGAUAAUGUACCUCAGAAUCAAUAUUCAGUACAGCCACAACAAGCUAAUGUGACUUAUUCGAAUGAUCAGACUUCUGCAACUCCAACAAUGCAAACUUCGCAGCCAAUGAUCUACAAUAAUGUUAAUCAAGCUAGAAACAUGCCACAGCUAGAACAAUCGAGUUAUCAAUAUUCUCAAUGGAAUGAUCAGCGUACACAAAGUAAUGAAUCGGCUAGUUGGCAGCCAAUACCAACUUAUAAUGCGAAUCAACAUCAAAUUACACCGAUUUUGAAUCAGCCACAAAUGCCUGUAAAUUCUAAUCAGUCUCAAAUACCACCAAAUCCAUCAGAUCAGCAAAAUUUGCAGGCACCACAAGUUAGACAGCAAAUAAAUGUAUCGGCUAGUAAUCAGUCGAUUCCAUCGUCUUCUGGCUUUUUCCCAAGUCAUUUUGAUGCACCUGUUAAAGAUGAAAAACCGAUAAUUCAAGAGCCACAAGUUCCUGAAAUGUCAGUUCCUCAAAUUCCAACAUCCAAUCAAUUUUAUCAGCCUAAUGUUGAGAAUAUUCAAGUUUCGUCUAUUGAAUCAGCUCCAAUCCCUAAUUUACCACCACCUCCUACAUCAAUUCCACAAAUGCCGCCUUUACUCCCAACAUCUAUGGUUAUACAGCAGCCUAAAAAUCCAAUUAAUGAAAUUCCUUAUCCUGAAAAUCGUGAAAGACUUGAUGAUCAAGUUACAAUAACCCAAAAUCAUCCUGUUCCAAUUUCUCAAUAUGAUCUUUUUCCGACUUCUCAAAAUAAUCCAGCUAUGCCAAUAACGACUUCAUCAAUCGAUAGACAUAAUUAUUUAGUCACAGGACAAUUGGCACAAGAAGUUCCAGCAUUUAGUCAGCAUUCAGUAAUGCAUGAGAGUUCUAAUGAGAAUUUACCACCACCAGGAUUGUCUAGAAUGGUUGUUGGCGAGCCAGAGAAUAAUCAGGCACAAGGACAGUUAAUUCAGAAUGAUUUAUUGCCACCAAGAUCUAAUAGAAUGGUUACUGGAACUGAAAUGACUCCAACAAGCUUUAUGAACUAUCAAAGACAAGCUGAUGGAGAAGUUUCACACGAACCAAGCAUGCAGCGUCAAUUGCCACCAUUUAAUGUUAGUCAGCAACAAGUUCCACAACAACAAGAAAGAAUAGUUGAGGAUCAACAAAAUUACAAUAUUAGUGACAGAAAUCUUUAUUUAGUUGCUGGUGAAAGUGAUGCAAAUAGUCAACGUGUAAUUACAGGCGUAGAAAGUGACUUUAAUGCACCAUCAUUAAUUAAUCCACUCCAAAAUUUGCAUAUUGAGGAUGAUGAAGAUUUCGUUAAUAUAUCUGUAACAAAUAUGUCACGUAAUGUUGAUGGCGAUGGAAUGGAAGAAUUACAUUUACAGAAUCAAGCACAGCAUGCAUUGGAUAGUUCACAGCAGCGUGAAGAGGAAAUUGAAGGUGCUAAUGACAAUAAUAAUGAAUCUAAUGUAAAUCUACAGCCAGUCAUUGAAAUUCCAUCGAUUCCAGCAAGUAUAAAUUUGAGUGAACAAAAUUCAGACAUCCGUGAAGAUAUUGAAGGUGCUAAUGAGCUUAGUGAUCCACCAAAGCCACCACCUGCUGUUUUUGAAGAGAAAAGAAAGUCUAUUGAUAGUUCAAUGAGAACAAAUCAGAAAAUAAAUACAACAAUGUCAUCUGAAGACAGUGAAUUGAGGGAAUUAGAAAAGAAUAUGAAGCAGAAAUCAAGGCGCAGCAACAAGAAAUAUGAUAGUGAUAAUGACUCAGAAAGUGCUAGUUUAGAUGAAUAUAAAAAGGAUAAAUCUAGAGAUAGAUAUGAUGAUCGUUAUAGCAAAAAGAAUCGUGAUCGAGUUCGUGAGGAACUAGAAAAGUAUAAGAAACGUGAAAAGGAAAGGAGGUCUGGUGGUAGAAGGAGAAAUGAUGAUACAGAUGGUUCAAGAUAUGGCGAUUCUUCUAGAAGACGUACUGAUGAUGAGGAUGAAGAUAGAAGGAGAACUAGAAAUAGAAAAGAAAAGAAAGUUGAUGAUGAGGUUGAUGACGAUGAUAAGGAAAAAGAGAGAAAGGAUCGAAGACAACGAGAUAAUCGUGAUCCUAGAAAAAAAGACUACGACUAUGACGAUAGAAGAACAAGUCGAAGGAGACGUGAGAAAUAUUACGAUGAAGAUGGAGCAUAUCCAUCGGGUAGACGUAGUCAUAAUGCAUCAGAUCGUGAAUAUGAAAGAGAUUAUCGACCAGGAAGAAGCUCAAGAGGUCCCUAUGAGAUGCAAGGCUAUUAUCAACAACAAGCGUAUCCAUACGAUCAAAAUUAUUAUUAUCAACAGCAACAGCAGCAAUAUUCAGAUAAAUUGCAAGCAUGGCUUGAACAAAUUCGUCUAACGAAUCCACAAGCUUAUGAAUGGUAUAAAAAUUAUUAUAGUGGAAUGCUUCAAAAGCCACAAAUGCCACUACAGCCAACAAUGGACGAUCUUGGUGGUUCCUUGAGAUCUGGUUACAAUUCAGGCAGCGAGAGAGCAAGCACAAGCCGAUUUAUGAGUGGAGGCAUUGUCACAAAUCCAUUAGGAAGUCUAAAUUCGUCAUUUAUUGAUAAUACGAAUGAAUAUCAAUCAUUACAACAAUCAUAUCAAACGAUUGGAAAGGAUUACAAUCAGGCAUAUUCAUCAUUAAACAAUUUUAACAAAUAUGAUAUGUAUGGUGACUUAAGAGCUAAACAACCGGAAGUAGCUGCUGCUCGCAUGACACCCCAGAAAUUCCAAUGUCUUCAUGGCUUUGUCAGAUUAUCAAAUGGACUUAUGAUAACAAUCGACACAUUAAAUGCUGAUGAUAAAUAUUUAGUUAAAGUUGAUAAUGUCCCAAUUUAUGAUAAGACACGCCGACUGUAUCAAUCCUAUCCAGGACCGUUAAUUAGAGGCGUAUCACAUAAAAAGACAGUCAUUGAAUUUUGUGAAGAGAAAUUAAAACAAAGUUCACAUUUAGAAUCAAUUCAACGUGCUUCCUUUACAUUAUUAUGGAGCUAUUUAAUAUUGAUGAUUCGACAAAAUGGAUCGUAUACAGAACAUGAUAUUGCUGAGCUGUUAAUGAAGAGCUCGGAAGAAUAUAAAGCAUAUGAUUUAGAUGAUAAUAAAAGUAGUGCAAAUAUCAAUAAUGAAGUAGACGACGAGAAUGCAACAGAUGUGAGUGAAAGUGAAGAAAAUGACGCGAGUGAACAUCAUUCAAAUUCAGCAAGUCAUCAGCCAACAUCACAGUCAAUUUCAGCAAGUUUAAUGACUGAACAUGUUGUUCUCGAUAAAUUUAAAAGUUAUUUAUUAUAUGGAAAUAUCCACGAUGCACUUGAUUAUGCGACAGACAAUAAUCUUUGGGGACACGCAUUGUUCUUAGCAUCAAAAGUCGAUAGACGGCAGCAUGCAAAUGUUAUGUUAAAGUUUGCUAAUAAAUUAUCAUAUAAUGAUCCACUCCAGACGCUUUAUCAAAUCAUGAGUGGACGAAUGCCUGCGUGUGUGACUAAUUUCGAUGAGAAAUGGGGUGAUUGGAGACCACACUUGGCUAUGAUUAUAUCCAAUUGUACAGAUAAACCAGAUUUAGUUAAACGAUCAAUUUUGGCUUUAGGAGAUACUUUGGCUAGUCGCGGUGACAUUUUUGGAUCACAAUUUUGUUAUUUGUUAAUUGAUCCACAAUUCACUGAUUAUAGCGAUACAGGAUUAGUUAAUGGAAAGAUUGGAUUACUUGGUACUAGUUUCCAGAUGCAGUUUAAGGAAUUUGCUACAGAUGAGUCGAUUAUUAUGACGGAAGUUUAUGAAUUUGCGAGAAGCUUAAAUACUGAAAAUUAUUUUAUUGCGUCAUUGCAAAAAUACAAGUUCUUGCUGGCUUCAAAUAUGCUUGAUUAUGGCUUAAAAUUAAAGUCUUUGCUGUAUAUGGAACAGAUAUCAAAAUGUAUCAUCCAACAGUCACAAUUAUUUGAAAAUUCCUUCAUCUCGAAAGUUUAUUCACUUGCUGAUCGCUUAAAAUUCUAUGAUCCAGUUAUGGAGAAGCUUUAUGAGGAUAUUGAUAAUGUAGAAGGAACUGAGGAUCAACAAUGGUUACAGGAACUAGCAAAUGUCCUUCAAAAUGAAACUGGAUCUAAUUUCACUCAACAAUAUGUUCCUGCUGAUGUACAAACUGAAGCUCCUUAUAAUCCACUGGAUUAUCAACAGCAACAACUUGUCCAGCAACCUAUAUCUACGCCUAUUUAUGAUCCAGUAAGUCAGCAUCAAACUCCGACUCAUAUUCCGACGAUUCCAUCGCAAACUUAUGAGGAACUGGACUCAAAUCAGAGUCAAAUUGUUUAUGAGCAGCAAAAUCAAGUGCCUGUAACGACUUAUGACCAGAAUGUAGGAUAUAGCAACCAAUAUAAAUUUCAGGAUCAACAGCAACAGCCGAUUCAAAAUUAUCCAAAUUAUAAUCAAAAUGUAGGAAUGCAGAAUGAUGGACAGAUUAAUGAGCAGAUUCAGAAUACACAGCAAGGAUAUCAACAGUCAACUUAUGACCCAAAUGCUCAAUUGGGCUACCAGCAACCUUAUGAUCCAAAUGCUCAAUUAGGAUAUCAGCAACAGAACGAUAAUGGAUAUGGAUGGGAUCAGGCAAAGCCCACAAUAACAAUGGGAACAGCUCAAUCUCAUAAAUUCGAUGAUCCACAGUCUCAAGACAAGUCAGAUUCAAAUGCAAAUAAAAAGGAUGAUAAAAAGAGUCCAGCAAAGAAGCCUGAGCCCGAAAAAGCUAAGAAACAGGCUCAAUCAGGAUGGUUCUCAAGUCUGUUUGGAUUAAAGAAGGGUCCAAAUCAGAUGAUCCUUCCAGAUGAUAAAAAUCCAGCUAUUGUGUGGGAUGAAAAUACUAAAAAGUGGGUCAAUAAGGAUGGAGAAGAGGCAGAAACUGAAAGCUUUAAACCACCUCCAAAAAUGGGAGAUAUGGGAAUGCCACAGCCUCCUCUAAUACAACAGAUUCCUCAAACUAUGCCACAGCAACAACAACAACAACAACAGAUUCCCCAACAGCAAUAUGCUCCUCAAAUGCAACAGCCUGUUAUGACACAACAGCCUGCAAUGACUCAACAGCCUAUGAUGAAUCAGGCUCCAGUUCAAAAUCACGUUGCUCAAAUGCCUCAACAGCAACAACAACCACAGCAAGUUAAUCAAAAUGCUGUAGAUCCAGCUGGUCCAUCAGUUCCGUCAGCUCCAAACAUGUUUAAAAUGCAAAAAGGCAGAAAUUUAAAGAAAUCUUACGUUGACAUAUUGGGAAAUGCAGGAAAGACUGUAUCUCAACCGAAAGAGCUUGCUCCACAAAUGGAGAUGCAAUUCUUCAAUCCCGCAGCUCAGCCACAGGGAAUGCAAUUUUAUAAUCCAAAUGAUUUUCAAUAAGAUGCUGCAACGAGCUAAGAUAAAUUCACAUUAGAUAUUCAUUUUAAUGAAAAUUAUCGACGAAUAUUGCCCUGAAAAAUAAUAAUAAUUUAUACAGGAUAUGAAGACAAGAUGAAGAUUAUUAUUAUUAUUCUCUUUCGUUAAGUAUUAACAAAUUUAUAAGUUAGAUCGUCAAGGUUAUUCAAAUUAUGAUGGAAAUGAUUAUGGAUCAUGUUAGUUAUUAUUAUUAAAAAAUUCCUUUUGUUUUGUUAAAUCCAUGUUUGAACACAG